AUGGCGCUCAGCAAUUUCCUCUUCGCUCAGUGCAUCCUCUACUUCCUGGCCUUCCUCUUCAGCUUCAUCGUGGUGGUGCCGCUCUCGGAAAAUGGCAACGACUUCCAUGGCCGGUGCCUGCUCUUCACCGAGGGCAUGUGGCUCAACGCCAACCUGACGGUGGAGAGGCAGGGCCUCGCCUGGAGGACUCUCUUCUUCCUCUGCAAAGGGCACGAGGACUCUUUCUUUUAUGCCUUCCUGAAUCUGCUGAUCAGCGCCUUUGUGGUGUUUAUCACAUUUAUUGCUAGCACUAUAGUGAGUGUAGGAUUUAACAUGUGGUGUGAUGCAAUUACCGAAAAAGGAAGCAUGCCAAAUAGCUGUGAAGAAUUGCAGGAUAUAGAUCUUGAACUGAACUUAGAAAACUCUGCUUUCUACGACCAGUUUGCUAUUGCACAGUUUGGUCUCUGGGCUGCCUGGCUGACUUGGCUGGGAAUUACCAUUCUGGCUUUCCUGAAGGUUUAUCACAACUACAGACAGGAGGACCUGCUAGAUAGCCUCAUCCACGAGAAGGAGCUCUUGCUAGGAAGAUCCUCUUCACGAACCUCUUUGCAAGAUGAGAAAAGUGGCAUGAUCUAA